AUGCUAGCCAUCUGGCGUCUCGCCACUAUCAUCGACCACCAGGCCGCGACCUGGCCAACACACGACCCGACCUGGUACGGCCCCAUCAGCAUCAUCCUGGCCGUCCUCGAGGUGGACUGCGCCGCCAUUUGCGCCUCGAUUCCCAUCUUCUGGCCGGUGCUCGAGGCCCGCUGGGGCACCAUCUUCAUCACCCAAGAAAUCAAAAUCACGCGCGAGGACCGCCGCUUGGAGGAAGAAGCGGCCGUGGCGGAAUCGGCAGCAGCAGUGGGAGGCAGCGACAGGGAUUAUUAUCACUCCUACUUGCAACACCACCAACAUCAACAGCACAAUUAUCACGGCUCCAGGGGCAGUGGCAGCGAGCUCGAGCUCAAUCUCAAGCGGUCCGAGAGCAACCGCUCCUUGGGUGGAACACAUUACAAUGACAUCCCGACGUUGGGCCAGGUCCGCACCGCGGCUGUUAUUGAAAGCGACGCGGCCAGGGACGCUGGCGGUAAGCGAUGGGGAUUUUGA